AGCCUGUUCGGUAAUUUUUCCUUUGAUUUGGCGGCUCUGGUUCUUGUUACUUAUCAUCCGCCUGUCUCUUCCCUCUCGAACCAAAAUCUUUAACUAAAAUCUCUCGCUUUUUCGAUUUUGAACAAGCCCAUGGCAAAACCGAAGCAACAGAAGAAGCCACCCCAGAAGAAGCAGCAAAACCCACAACCACAAAACAAAAAUCAGGGAAAGCAGGAUGAUACUUCUCAAUUUCGGACUCAGGUGGAUGCGCUGGGCCUCCGCAUUGUUGAAGUGACAGCAGACGGUAAUUGUUUUUUCAGAUCCCUUGCUGAUCAGUUGGAAGGUAAUGAGGAGGAGCAUCGAAAGUACCGCAGCAUGGUCGUGAAACACAUAUUGGACAACCGGGAGAUGUUUGAGCCCUUUAUUGAAGAUGAAGUCCCGUUUGAUGAAUAUUGUCAGACCAUGGAAAACGAUGGUACAUGGGCUGGACAUAUGGAAUUGCAGGCAGCUUCUCUCGUAACACGUAGUAACGUAUGCAUCCAUCGGAACAUGUUUCCUCGCUGGUACAUAAGAAAUUUUGAUGAUUGUCAAGUUCGUAUGGUCCAUUUGUCUUAUCACGACGGGGAGCAUUAUAAUAGUGUGCGGUUAAAGGAUGAUCCUUGUGAUGGACCUGCAAGGUCAAUUAUAAUUAAGGCUGAUGCCGAUCUUUCAGUGCCAUCACAUCAAACGAAAGCUAAGGCUAGCAAACCGUAUGCUCAAGCUGGUCGGACAACUUUUCAGCCGGGUUCCGUAAAGUUGGUUAUGGCUGGAAGUGGUUGUGAAAGCAGAGAAAAAGUGGAACAGAUUCUAGAGCAAGUUAAUGGAGAUGUUGGUUCUGCAAUAGAGUUUCUAAUAGCAGAACAAGGAGCGGAAGAGUGCUCUUCAAAUUCUGAUUGCCUUCCUAGUCAGGCUAGUACUACCGGUUCCGACGAAAAUGAAAAUCAUGAGACGCACAAAGAAAGCGUAGUAGAGAACAACAUUAAUGAUGUAUUGAGCAAUAGCUCCCGGAAAACUAAUGAUAAUAACACAUUGCAACAAAAUGACAAGAAGAUUCCUAGAAACAAGGUCUGUCCGUGUGGUUCAAAAAAGAAAUACAAAGCUUGUUGUGGAACUGCGUCGGGGAAACAAUCUGCUAAGUUUGUAGUUAACCAAGAAGCUGACUCAAGGAGCAAAAAAGAAACAAAGGGGACUUCUGCAAAAGCUGAAGUAACACCUGAUAUGGGUGCACUUUGCAUCUAAAAUGAUAAAAAAUAAGUUAAUUUAUGCUCCCCAGAGGAGAGAAACUACUAACAGUUGCGAUGGCCAGCACGAUUUUUGACGUUGCAGAGAAUUAUGGUCAAAUGCAUCUGAUGUGGCCUCACUGUUGUCAAUUAGUAGUUACAGCGGCGCUAAGGCAUUAUAGCAUUAUAGCUAACAGUUACUAAUUGACUAUCAAUAUGCUACUAGUAUUUGGUAUAAAGUGUUGUCAGAUUAUGGCGUAGCGGCCCUAUAGCAUUGCAAUGUAGCCGAAUUUGAACAAACUGAUAUAUUUUGCGAUCUGUAAUAGAAAGCCCUGUAGCCUCAGUAACUGUUAUAUUGCAGACUUCAGGACAUGAAAAUCUUGAUGUCAAAACUCACAAAAAAACUCGAUGUCAAGCCCACAUUUCUGACCUUUUUAAAAACUGUAA